CUCCUUGGAGCAGGAGAGCCUCAGUGUGCCUCGAGUCAACUUUCCAAUUCCUGAGCAGAGGUAGUGACUUCAGUUAGCAGCGGGCAGCGAUCGAUGGCAUCCGCAGCUGGAGGCAGGAGGAAGACGGCCUGCGUCACCGGAGGGAGCGGCUACAUCGCUUCAGCGCUCAUCAAGACGCUCCUCGAUCAGGCCUACGCCGUCAAGACGACCGUCAGAAACCAUGAUGACCUGGAGAAGACCUCCCACCUCAAGGACUUACAAGCGUUUGGCCCCUUGGAGAUCUUCCGUGGAGAGCUAGACGUGGAAGGCAGCUUCGACGAAUCGGUUUCAGGCUGCAACUAUGUAUUCCUCGUCGCGGCUCCGAUGGACAUGGGGUCACUGGAUCCUGAGAGAGAUCUUGUCCAGGCAGGCGUCCAAGGAACCCUGAACGUGAUGAGGUCGUGCGUGAAAGCGGGGACAGUGAAGCGCGUGAUCCUGACGUCGUCGGAUUCCGCGGUGUGCCAGAGGCCGCUGGAAGGCGACGGGCACGUCCUGGACGAGGGCUCCUGGUCCGACGUGCCGUAUCUGCGAGCAGAGCAGCCGGAGGCUUGGGGGUACGCGGUGUCAAAGGUGCUUAUGGAAGAGGCGGCGGGCAAGUUCGCAGACGAGAACGGCCUCAGCCUCGUCAGCGUGCUGCCCACCUUCACCCUGGGCGCGGCGCCGGUGUCGCAGGCCAGAACCAGCGUCCCCGUCGUCCUCUCCUUGUUGUCCGGCGACGAGGAACAGCUAAACCUCCUGGAAGCCAUGCACUUGGUCACCGAAUCCGUGUCGAUAAACCACAUCGACGACCUCUGCCGUGCCCAGGUGUUCCUCGCCGAGAACAAGGCCUCGUCUGGGAGGUACAUCUGCAAUAGCCACGACACCACCGUCGUGCAGCUCGCCCGUCUCUUCGCAGACAAGUACCCACAAUACAACGUGAAAUCCCAACGUUUUGAUGGGUCCCCUGAGAAGCCAAGAGUGUGCCUCUCGUCUCAGAAGCUCAUUGGAGAAGGGUUCGUGUACAAUUACGAUGACCUAGGUGCCAUCUUGGACGACCUUGUCGAGUACGGCAGGACCACGGGGAUUCUUCCCUACUGAUAUGCUCCUCCUGUUCUGCCGAUCAUAUGUAUGUGAUCGGAACGCAACGGUGUGUGCUUUCUUCGUCAAUGGCAAGUCUCGGAACAACACGACAGUGUGCUUUCUUCGUUCUUGGACAGGUCUCUAUGGCUCUGAAGAUUGGGGAUCUGAUCUCUUCUUGUUUUUUGCCCCGUAGUGUGGUCUUGACGACAAGGCCACAGGCGGGUUUUCCACUUUUCCUACCAAAUGCUUCCCUUCUUUCCAGUUCUCUUUUAAUUGCUGUUAAAGAGACAAAGUACUCCUGUAUUACUUGAUUGAUGACUCUGGUCUCUGGAACAAAGUGGGAGGAUCUAGAUGGAAAGAGUAAUAUUAUCAAAUUUUAUUUCAACAGUUUAUUUA